AUUGUUAAUGGUGUAUCUGUAUUGCAAGUUGAGUCAAAAUCAUGUGUUACUUGUGAUUUGGUUGGGCUUGUUUUAUUUUUAAAACCCACUCUGGCUCCAAACAAACACCCCUGUUGUGUCCACCCCCUACAGUACUUAGGACUCACGACUCCACCACAGGUCCAGAGCUUUUUUAAAAACAUAUUUUAAUUUUAAUUUUUAUUCGUAAAAUUCAAAGAUUUAGCAAUGCAGAAGCUUGUCUUCCUCAAGGGCCUCUCCCAGCAGAUCACCAGAAAUGUCCCCAAACACCACCCAAACCCACCCUUCUCUCACGCACACUCGCAGUUCUAUCGCGGCCUGUUCUCAAGCUCGGUUCCCCAAAAUGGAGUAACUGGUCAAAACUGUGGUCUGGGUGAAGCCAAGAUUGGAUUCUUGAGGUCUCAAUUUUCUCGACGAGGCUUCUCAUCAUUUUCCAAUCCCCAUGGCUCCUGGAGAUAUUGGUUUCAACAUUUGUCAACAGAUAAAGUUGUGCUAGGUUUGGUUGUGUCAAAUGUUGCUGUUUUUCUCUUGUGGAGGAUUGCUGAUUCUAGAUUCAUGUUGAAGAACUUCACUAUUUCAGUUGAUAAUUUUAAAAGCGGACGGCUGCACACAUUGCUUUCAUCUGCAUUCAGUCACAUCGAUCAGUUCCAUCUCAUCUCUAACAUGAUCGGGCUCUACUUUUUUGGGACAAGUGUGGGAAGAACUUUUGGUUCAGGAUAUCUUGUGAAGCUGUAUAUAUCUGGGGCAGUUCUUGGUUCAGUAUUUUUCUUGGUCUAUCAUGCCUUCUUCUCGCCAUCGAUUAAGGCACACAAGAGUGGAAUGAUGAGGAUCGAUACUUCGAGUGCAUAUGGACUGGGAGCAAGUGGAGCUGUGAAUGCAAUUAUGUUGCUUGACAUAUUCCUCUUCCCCAAAAAGACACUAUAUUUUGACUUCAUAAUACCAGUUCCUGCCAUCUUACUGGGAAUUUUUCUUAUUGGAAAAGAUGUACUAAGAAUGGUGGAGGGUGAUACCCAAGUGUCGGGGUCGGCUCACAUGGGAGGGGCAUUCGCUGCCGCCAUUGCUUGGGCGCAAAUCAGAAGGGGCGGCGGUGGUGGCGGUCGACUACUCAGAUUUUAGCUCUUCUUCUCAAGUGCUCUAUCAUUAGAUAUGAAGUGUUCUUUGAAUUUUAGCUGUUUUAUGAGCUUUUAUCUUCUGUGGAUGUGUUUUUGAAUUGUUGGGCCAAGCCAACUGCUGCAUCAUCUUCAACUACUUCCCAUUAUUUAGUGAUCCUAACAUUUCAGUGUGUUUCUUUUGACAUGGGAGGGAGGGAGUACUAGUAUAACAUUGGUCAACCAAGUAACUCUUGGAACUAAAUUGUGUACAAGGAG